AUGAUGAAAAGGAAAGAAGAAAACAUAGCCUGAAAAGAAGGUAAGUUUGUCUGAAGAGAAGGGGGCACUCAAGUAAGUGGCCUUUGUCAGAUUUCGCGUGCAAUCCUACAGAGAAAGCUUUACUCUUUUCUCUCUCUCAAUCUCUCUGGCCUCUUCUUCUUUCUCUCUUUCAGCUCUGUUUGGCUCUUUUCUCCUUUAAUUUCAAAGAAAACUAGCAUCCAUUUUAUCACGAGAGGUCACUGUUUGAUCUCUUAAGAAGAAUCUUUUAAAAUCUGAUCUGGGUCGUCCUCAACACAACGAAAGGCGUCUGCUUUGUUUCUCUUGGUUUGUAGCGUCAUUUGUGUUCAUGGGUUUAAAGUUGAAGAACAUAUGUCAUUCAUACUUUUGAUGUUACCUAGUUGGUGGGGCUCAUUAUAGACAGAGAAGAGAAAUCCACACGAUUAUAGAAGUAGAUUUUCAGGACUAGUGGUGGCUUUUAUCAAGAGACCUUGCAGAAAAAAAAUAAGAAAGGUUUACUACUAAACGACAUCGCCCAUCAACCCACAAACACACAAAGGUUCACAUGUUUCUGUGUUUGUGAAUGUGUGAAGCACUUAGAAAAGAGAGAAGAAUUUGAUUAUUUUAGAAAGAAAAAGUCUCUCUCAGUGGUGACUGUCAGUAAAUUCGAGCUUUGAGUGGGUGUUUUGUGCAUCUCUAGAGUUUUCUCUUUUAUAUAUAUUUUUCAGUGUUCUCUUUGAGACGUUAGUGAGACCCCAUUAACCAAGGUUUCCUUAAGUGUGCGAGUGUGUGAGAGACCCUUUCUCUUCAAUUAUCCAGAGAAGCAUUUUGAGAGAGCGAAAACACAUUUUGAGUCUUCUGUUUGAGAUCUCAAGACCAUGAAGUUCAUGAAACUUGGAUCCAAACCUGACUCCUUUCAAUCUGAAGGGGAAAAUGUUAGGUAUGUACCAAGUGAGUUAGCAACAGAUGUUAUUGUAAUCAUCGGUGAUGUCAAGUUCUAUCUCCACAAGUUUCCACUGCUGUCCAAAAGCGCGCGUUUGCAGAAACUAAUCGCAACAACAUCAUCAUCCAACGAAGACAAUGAGAUUCAUCAAGAAGAUGCGAUUGAAAUAGCAGAGAUCCCUGGUGGUCCUGCUUCGUUUGAGAUCUGUGCUAAGUUCUGUUACGGCAUGACCGUUACUCUAAACGCUUACAACGUAGUCGCCGCUCGCUGCGCAGCCGAGUUUCUUGAGAUGCACGAAACCGUCGAAAAGGGGAAUCUUGUUUACAAGAUCGAAGUGUUCUUGAACUCGAGCAUACUCCAAACAUGGAAAGAUUCCAUCAUCGUCCUUCAGACCACGAGAGCUUUGUCUCCAUACGCUGAAGAGUUGAAGCUGACAGGGCGUUGCCUAGACACCAUAGCUUCUAAAGCUUCGAUAGAUACUUCGAAAGUGGACUGGUCUUAUACUUACAGCAAGAAGAAGAACCUCGACAACGGGAUGAGGAAGCCACAUGCUGUUCCUAGAGACUGGUGGGUCGAGGAUCUUUGUGAUCUUCAUAUAAAUUUGUAUAAACGAGUGAUCACUACGAUAGAAUCAAGAGGGAGAGUUUCAGCUGAUGUUAUCGGGGAAGCAUUGCACGCUUAUGCUAUCAGAAGGGUUCCAGGUUUCAGUAAAAGUAGUAGCUCCGUACAGAUCACUGACGUUGCCAAGUACAGAGCUUUGGUUGGUUCAAUCAUUGAGCUGAUUCCUGAUGAGAAACAAAGCGUUUCUUCGAGUUUCUUGACUAAGUUAUUAGGAGCCUCCUUCUUUCUUGGCUGUGAUGAAGAGACAGGGUUGAUGAACAGAGUCGGUGAGCGUCUAGAUGAGGCGAGUUUAGGUGAUGUUAUGCUCUGUGAUGUUGACUUGAUGCAGAGCUUAGUUGAUGUUUUCUUGAAACGUCACUCGCAAGAAAAUGAUGUAGCCGCGAAAACAUUGGUUGCUAAGCUUGUUGAUGGCUAUUUAGCUGAGAAGUCAAGGGAUUCUGAUAGUUUGACACUUCAGAAGUUCUUAGCACUUGCGGAAAUGGUCUCAAGCUUUCCAAGACAGUCUCAUGAUGGAGUUUAUCGCGCUAUCGACAUGUUUCUUAAGUUACAUCCUGAGAUUAGCAAAAGCGAGAAGAAGAGGUUAUGCAGGCUAAUGGACUGUAGAAAGCUAUCAGCAGAAGCUUGCGCACACGCUGUUCAAAACGAGAGGUUACCAAUGCGAGUGGUGGUACAAGUGCUCUUCUUUGAACAGGUAAGAGCUAACAGCAACGGUUCAUCAUCAACCGGGGACAGCACUCCAGAGAUCACUCCUGCGUCAAGAUCAACAAACACUGAAGAUGACAGAGAGAGUUGGGACACUGAAGAUAUAAAAGCAUUGAAAGGUGAGUUAGCAGGUCUAAGACUGGCCAAGAAUCAACAGCAGGAAAGUAAUAAAGGGAAGCUGGUUAGAGGAGGAGGGUUGGGAGUUUCUAGAGUGUUCUCUAAGCUUUGGUCUGGUAAAGAGAGAGGUGGAGAGAUGAUGAGUAGCUCAGGGACUUCGAGUCCUGGUUCUGUUAAUGAUGACUCUAAGUCUUCUUCUUCCACAAGUAAGAAGCAUUAGAGGAAGCAAAAAAAAAAGAAGAAGACAAGAUUCUUAGGUUGCUAAAAUGCUCAUGCAAUGACUAACUUUUUUCUCUUUAUCAGAUCCAAUUUCUCAUUUUGUUGUCUUUUGAUUCUCUUUGUGGUUUUCUUCUUCCUUAAUAGCGGUACUAGAUUUUAAUCCGCGCUUUAAAAGCGCGGGAUUAUUUCUUUUGUAAUUUCUUAACUUUCUAAUCUAUGUUAUUAUUUGUAAUUUUU